UCGCAUCCAUCCGCGCGCGGAGUGAUUCUACGAUGAACCUGUGCUCGCUUAUCAACGAGAUAUAGUGACAAUUAAUAGAUAUUACAUAUCUAUCCAUUGUGAUGGAAAUUUAACGUUACCACCUGAAAUAAUAUUUUAACGCAAAUUCGGAAUUUUACGCAAUCUUAUCAAGAAAAUACGAUAGCGAACAGCCAUCGGAUAUCCGACAAUUUCGAAUUACCGCCGACACCGCCAACACCGUCGUCUCUACAUAUGGAAGGGCAGAACGCGAGAUCAGCAACAGGUUGCGAGACCUCGUGGUACCACAGGUGGUCCUGGAGCAACCCGUCAAAUCCUUGUAGCGGAUUCGACAUUGCGACCGACGAUACCGCUCGUUUAAUCCCGCCGCCUUACAUCGUGAAUUUUCUCCAAAACACCGACAGCAAUCAGAAUUAUCGCACGUGCAGAUGGGAGCAAUAUUCCCAGCAAGAUGUAGCAGAUUUUCAUCCAAUAAUCGAGCAAUUAAAUGAAAAGGAAGAUGAGAGAUCUUUGAGUAAACCUGAAAAUUUAUUAUACGAGAAUAAUCAAGAUCGCCGUGUGACGACGACGACAAACACGGGAACGACGUUUCGCACUUGGGAGAUGCCUCAUUUGCAGAAUAUGGACUGCGAGCAUGAGAGCAAGUAUCAAUCUUGGCAGGAUUCGCAACAUAAUGAGAAUCAUGCGAAUUCGUUCUUCGGAGAAAAUACACGUCCGCAUCAACGAGAAAAAGAAACAACAAAGAGGACAAGCGACAAGCCGCGGAAGGAGAGAACCGCGUUUACGAAGCAACAGGUCCGACAUCUCGAAUGCGAAUUUGCUCAUAGCAAUUAUUUGACACGUUUGCGCCGCUACGAAAUUGCCGUAGCAUUGGAUUUGACGGAACGUCAGGUGAAAGUGUGGUUUCAGAAUAGGCGCAUGAAAUGGAAGCGAACGAAAGGGAACGCGGCUACCGUACAGGAAGCAACCACUGCAUCGUGAC